AUGGAAAUUGUUAAUAUUUCAAAAAAUAUAGUUAAAGUUGGUAAUAAAUUAUUAAGGGAGAAAGCAUUACCUUGGUCAAAAGAAGAAUUAAAUGAUGUGAGAAGAGUUGAAAAAUUAUUAGAGAAAAUGUAUAAAGAAAUGAAAGAUUGUACUGGUACAGGUAUUGCAGCACCUCAAAUUGGUGUUAAUAAACAAUUGUUUUUAUUAGAACUUCCAAGUCAAGAAGGAUUAAAUUGUCCAAACUUUCCAUUAACUGCAUUUUUCAAUCCAAAAAUUAAAUUAAUCGAUCAAGAUGUUACAAAACCAUCAAGACGUACAAUUACAGAUUUUAAAAAGUUUUUACAUGGUUCUGAAAAAUUAUUAAAUUUAUCACAAUAUAAAACUAAAUUUCAAACUGAGGAAUCCACAUUACCAACCAUUCCAACAGAGAAUAAUACAAUAACAAUGCUUGAAUCAUGUUUAUCAGUUCCAAAUAUUUUCGCACACGUACAACGUUCGAAAAGGUGUAUAAUUACAUUUUUAGAUAUUACAGGUAAAGAGAGAAUAAUAGAAGCUGAUGGUAUCCUGGCAGCUUGUUUUCAGCAUGAAUAUGAUCAUCUUCUUGGGAAAAUUUUCAUUGAUCGUAUUGAUAAAUCUGAACUUUCAAAUAAAUUAAUUUAUACAACAGAAUUAACUGAAGAUAAUUUAAGAGAAAUAUUUAAAUUACAUGGUGAUUUUCAAAUUAUUAAAUAA